AUGGAAAGUGGCAGCUGUGAUGCCAUCAUCAAUGACCAUGCCGGAUCCAUCAUUUCGAUGCAGUUCAGCAGGGACAGCGGCCUCUUGUUGGUCGCCUUCGGCUGCGGCCGUGCGCCACGGCGGGACGGGGCGUUUGCGGCGUUGGGCGGUCAGGGAGGGCGCUCGACACAGAUGGACUCGACGGUGGUGGAGUGGGGUGAAGGUUUGGUGCACCAGCACCAAGCAAUGCGUGGCUUUUCACAGCACAGGAGCUUUGGCAGUCGGAGCAUCGAACUUUGGAUCUCCGCUUUGAGGGCCGCUUGCGGGCAAUUGGACUAUGAAGCUGCAGGCUCGCGGAGCCGCGACCAAUGGCUGGAUUGGGCCUUGGCUGUGCGGAAACCCAAACCCGGACGACUGUGUCGGAUCGGUUCGACGAGGCGCUUCUUCCCCUCCAAAGUGGGUGGUCGGCCGGCGUGGCUGAUUCCAGAGAAGUUGCCGGUGGAAGAGCAGCUCAAAUGUUUGAGGUGUGGAUGCCCACUUCGCUUUCUGAUGCAGGUUUCGGCUUCACAGGGCUCUUGGAAGGAGUCCUGCUUCCACCGGAUGUUGCAUCUUUUCGUGUGUACGAGUUGCCAGCCCAAUGAGGCGCGGGUCUUUCGUGCCCAGCUCCCCCGGACCUGCCCGUACUACAGUUCUGAGGAGCCAGAUCGAGAAGCUGUAGGCUUGCAGCCAGAUCCGCAGCUGGAGGCGCUUUGCUGCCAGGAUUGUGGGCUUCGGUCCAGCUCUGCCCCGGAGGCUUGCGCCGACUGCGCACGACGUGCCAGGAACGGAGACCCCAAGGUGGUCUUCGAGGAGCUGGAGAUCUCUGUGGACACUGCAGAAGUUCCAGAGGAGGAGGAGGAGGUGGCCGUUGAAGCCAGUGCGGCUGAACAGAAGGCAGAGGAGGAUGGUAACGACCCAGAUGCCUAUGCGGCGGCUGUGCGAGAAUCUGCGGACGCGGUACAAGGCAUCCAGAUCACCGACCGAGACAAGAAGGACAAAGAAUCCCUCGAGAAGUUAAAAGAGUACCAAGAGAUGGUGAAGAAUGACCCCGAAGCUGCUCUGGACAAGUUCGGUGGAAACUUUGUGGAAGAAUGGGUUGAAGAGCGUUCUGUGAAGGACCAGGUCUUUGCCAGGUUCCAGCGCUUCCACCUGCUGAACAAAAAUCAUGUGCUCCGCUACCAGCUCGGUGGUGAAGCUCGCUGGUUCUGCCAGUUCCGCCAGCUGACCGAAGCGCCGACUCCGUGCUCCAACUGCGGUGGGAAACGGAUCUUUGAAUGCCAGGUCCAGCCUAUGCUUAUUGCCCAGAUGCAAGGACCUUUGCGUGAUCGCUUGGACUUCGGGACCAUUUGCGUCUAUACCUGCGAGGAGAGCUGCGAUGCAGAUGCUGAGGCGGCGUGCGCCUACAUUGAGGAGUUCGCCUAUGUGCAACCCGAGCCAGUGGCCGAGUGGAUUCCCAAAUGA